CUCAGCAGAAGCAUCAAUCAACAUGAUCCCCAUUGUGCUGGUCUCAGUGCUCAUUGCUAGCGCCCUCGGGUGCGGCACCCCACCCAUUGAGCCCCUGACUUCCCGUGUGGUCAAUGGAGUAGAUGCCAAGCCCCACAGCUGGCCCUGGCAGAUCUCUCUGCAGUAUGAGAGGAGCGGUGUGUGGAGGCACACUUGUGGAGGAUCUCUGAUUGCUGCCAACUGGGUCAUGACUGCCGCUCACUGCAUCAACACCCAGCUCUCCUACAGGGUGUUUGUGGGCAAAUACAACCUGGUUGAGGAGGAGGCUGGCUCCAAGGCCAUCCUGCCUGAGAAGAUUAUUGUCCAUGAGAAAUGGAACCCCAUCUUUGUGGCCCUCGGUAACGACGUUGCCCUGAUCAAGCUGUCAGAGUCUGUGACUUUGAGUGAUCAGGUGCAGCUGGGAUGUAUCCCUCCUGCCGGCACUGUGCUGACCAACCUCUACCCCUGCUACAUCACCGGAUGGGGCAGAGUGUACACCGGAGGCCCCAUAGCUGAUAAGCUGCAGCAGGCUUUGAUGCCUGUGGCUGACCAUGCCACCUGCUCCCAGCCUGACUGGUGGGGUAUCGCUGUCAGGACCACAAUGGUGUGUGCCGGUGGGGAUGGAAUCGUGGCUGGAUGCAACGGUGACUCCGGUGGCCCUCUGAACUGUAAGAAUGAGGCGGGUGUCUGGGAGGUCCACGGCAUUGCCAGCUUCGUCUCUGGCCUUGGCUGCAACUAUCCGAAGAAACCCACUGUCUUCACUCGUGUCUCCGCUUUUAAUGACUGGAUCGAUCAGGUUAUGAUGAACAACUAAAGAGGAUGAAGUGUCAAUAAAAAAGACCAAGCAAACUGCA